CAAAAUGAACGCAUUAGUCACGUGUUGUGAAAUGUUAACGUCUGUGAAAUACUCGUAAAAUUCGACCAUGGCAAAAAUAAUACUCGAAAUGCCGAUUUGAAAUUUGAACAAAUGUUCUGUCAUUGUACAUAGUUAUAGCUAAGCAAAUAUGGCAUUCUCAAAUUCUUCGGCACUGAAAACUCCCACCGUAUUGGAGCAGUUAUUGGAGGAAAUAAAUUUUCAGAGGACAAAGGAAAUGAGGCAAUUGCUCAAGGAUGAGUCUGGAUUUGUAAUGCUACAAGGUACAACCUAUUGGACAGACCUCUUUGUUCGCCAUUUUUUAUUCCAAAAUGAAUCGACCAUGGACUGUGAUGAUCUUCUGUUCUUCGUUAGGAAAAAACACGUCAAAGGAUCGCCCAGGUAUCUGCCAAAGUUCGAGACCGAAGUUGAUGUAUUUCGAAAAGACAGCAGAAAACUACCGAUUGGAGAUCCAGACAUCGACUGGGAAGAAACGGUGUAUCUGAACCUUAUAAUUCAUCAAUUCGAGUAUACAUUAACGCUAGCCAUCUGCACUAGAACCAGUCCCAAAGAGCUCCAAGUGCUGAAGCGGCAUUCCCAAAAGGUUUACGCAUCUCCCAGUAGAAGAAGGAUGGAUACCAAAGGAGAAGUGGAGGAGAUUACCUAUCCGCAUAUCUGUUUCAUGGUGGACAAUUUUGAUGAAGUGUUCCAUGACAUACUGGUUCGAGAUGGAGAGAUGGUUUGUGUUGAACUCUUGGCAGCAGAUCGAGCUGGAACCAUUCAGGGAGUUAUUUUUUUAGGUUCUAUUAGAUACGAUGCCCUCAAAAAAGUAUACGAUGCCAGGCAAUCGAGUCUAAGCACAAAGAUGGCCCAAAGGAUGACGUUCGGUCUGUUUUCUUCUUCGACGGCACAACGAUGCGAAUUCGUCCGGAUGAAAGGCCCGCAAGGCAAAGGCCACGCCGAAAUGGCGGUUACCAAACCCAAGGGGUCCGGAGUGGAGACCCCCACCUCCGAACCAGGAUUCUGCGCUACAGAUAUGUGGGACUCCGAUUGGGAAGAAGACCCCGAAGAUUUCUAUGUAUACCGAAAUCAAAGGCGACUCAGCGACCCCAGUGCUAAUAUCAACAAUUUUAUCAGAGGAGGAUGGAAGUCGAAGUUGGACGUGAAGGCCAGGUCUGAGAGUGAAGGCUUGGAUGCCCUCGAUAAUGGGGUUAGCGAGAUCGAAGCUGGGGAUCUUAGAGAUGAGACUGGUUCUGCUUCGACAUCCAAUACAGCAUGCUGCGGGUGCUUUCAAAGAAGGAACCGGGAAGCUCUGCUCGAAAUGUACAGCAUGCGCUGUAGCGAUCACAAGCUGUGCGCCGAACGAGCUCGCCUCGGACCCAUAGACAGCGACUGUGCCUUCGCGGUACGCGCGUGCCGCGCAAACAAGAAGCGCGCAGCCGAAAACGCGAAUUGCGCUGAGUACGAGCUCGCAGACGACGCCAUUUGCCUCGACAGGAAGACAGACUGCAUCCUGGCGAACGCCAAAUGCUUCGAUCACGCUAAAAACAUGUAUAUAACCGUCAGUGGGAAGGAGGAGUUGCCUUGUGUACAUUACAUCCAGGACAAUAACUUGACUAAGGAUAUCGAUAAGGAAGAGAUAGCAAUAAAUAAGGAACGGACUGUGAAAUGUAAUAGGAACGUUAAUGGGAACUACAAUCAUUUGAAUAGUAUGAAGAGCAUUUAUAGUUACUGUACUCUGCCGAAAAGUCGCAGGAAGAGUGAGCAGAAGAUGCUGCUGAAACAUAUCAUACCACCGAAAAGGGUUACGCCAGAUGGGACCCAUAUUUACUAUUGGUGCGAUCUUAAUAAAAAGGAUUACGAACUAGACGAUGGUGCGUACAAUCCACUUUGGACCAUGCGGGGUUUCACCCAGACCUUCCACUUUUGGAAAGAGAACAAGAGAGCACAAUCAGUUCCAUUAAACGCAUUUCUGACUUACAUAACACUGCCUUGGUGGAGCAUAGCCAAAGAUAUUCUUGAUCAUAGAGAGGGGCCUAUACUGACCUUCUAGCAUUUGGAAAUUAUACGAGCUUUCUUUGUAAAUGAACAGUUCCAGAUCAAAGCAGAGUAUGUUAUGUAUAUGAUACGGAUUACUGAAGCAGUUUAACAGAAAUUAUCAGUUUUAGUAAAAAAGAGGCAACAGCCUGAAAUCCCCUUCCCAAAAGUAUUUAACUGCAUAUGAAAACGUAAUAUUCAUUCAUAAAAUUUGAUUGGAGUAAAACUAGAAGACACCCUUCCAAAAUAUAGAGUAAUCUAAACACAUACCAAUUUUUACAUAAUAUACAGGGUGGUUCAUCUUAUUCGCCUCGGUGUCUGUACGGAAAACCACUUGAUAUUUUAAAAAAAAUUCUUCACAGAAAUAUACAGGGCCAUUAAUACUACAAUCUAAAAAUAAUGUGAAUUAUACAGGGUGCUCCAAAAAAGACUGGCAUAUCAAAGUUAUAUUUUUUCUUAUGGAAUGCCCUAUAUCUGAUGACAGUAUUGAAUUGAGCUUGAAAAAUAAGCUAUACUU